AGAAUGCAAUUGCAAAACGAGAAUGGAGAGUGAAACGCAAAUGAUUUUGAAAGAUUUAUGAGUACGGUCUUGCAAAGCAGCAAAACUCUCUUUCAAUUAUUCCCCCUCCCAUCUCGAAACCCAUUGCAUUUCUCUCGAUUCAUCCCUCCGUUGAACUUCCAAUUGAUAUCUCCAAAGGCGUUCCAACUGAAAAAUGAGUUCCUCAAUCAAUGAAAGGCAGCAGUGAUGCUAGAUUCACUUUGAAAUGAGCCGGUCUCCAUCCUUCUCUCUAAAACCCGACCAACCCAUUUCGCAGAUCGAUCCACAAUCCUUGCGCAAAUGGGUCGUUGCCUUUUGCACCAUCAGGUUCGAUCUCGAGCAAGGCCAGCUCAUCGAGGACUGUUUUCCACAUGGCUCCCUCACCCAAGAAGAAGAGCUCGAAAUCGCGUUCAGUUCUUUCCCCGAUUCUGUCUCCCAGCACCACAACCGCUCCACCAUCCACGAUUGCAUCUUCUUUUUCCGGGUCCGAAGGCGGCCCCCGAAAAGAUCAGAUUGUGGUAACCAACUUUCCCCAAAACCAGUUCAUAAUAAUAGUGAUAGUAAUAGUAUUAGUAGAUACUUGUAUGGGUUUGUGUUCAAUAGGCAGAGACAUGAUGAGAGGCUAAAGAGAGGUGGUGAGCAGAAAUCUGUGGUGAUUUUAUCUCACAGUCCUUACUCUGGUGUGUUCAAACCACUGUUGCAAAUCAUGGGUCCUUUGUAUUUUGAUAUUGGAAACAAAGCCCUUGAGCGUAUUGCUACUUAUGUGUCAAUGUGGCCUAGUCCGGUACCGGGUAAUCUGAUGGAGCUUCCCAUUGGGAAUGCUACGCUAAAAGUUAACUUGCCGCCGCCUCAUAGUUUGGCCUCCGAGGGUGGAAUAUCACUUGAAGAGUCCACUUCCUCUAUGGCUCCUUUUCUUCCCAAUAACCAGUCAGUACCACAGGGUCUAUUUCACGAUGCGGAUAUUUUCGGGAUAUAUAGGGGCCUUCUUUUACAGCUCUGGCUGUUGUGGGAGUUGUUACUUAUUGGUGAACCAAUUCUUAUCAUAGCACCAACACCUCCCCAAUGCUGUGAGGCUGUCGCGGCUUUAGUUAGUUUGAUUGCACCCCUCCUUUGUAGUGUUGAUUUCAGGCCUUACUUCACCAUUCAUGACCCAGAUUUUGCCCCCUUAAACUCGCUUCAAGAAGGGCAAGUUUUCCCUCCGAUGGUUUUGGGCGUGACAAAUCUUUUCUUCUUAAAAUCGCUUCGUAAUAUCCCUCACAUUGUUUCAGUUGGGAGUCCUUCUCUCAAUUCAAGCCGGCUUUCUCUUGCCCCUAGAGCUUCUACUGGGAGAAUGUCUGCUAGGCCUGAAGGAAUUGGGAUUAGAAAUCUAUCUUUGAAGAAAUUGUCUCCGUCGAAUUUAUUGAAUGCUGUGAAGUUAAGGAGAGAGGGUCCUCUCUGUCUUAUGACGGAACACAAGGAAGCCAUUUGGAGCACUUACAAUGCAACAACUAAGCCAGAUACUUCUAUCUUGAAUAGGCUCAUUGAUGCAGGGAUGUCACCUAGGGUUGAGGAGUCUAUGUCUGUUGUCAACAAUGAGAUACUGCGACGCCAUUUUUUGGAGCUCACGACCAACUUCUUGGCCCCUUUUGGCCCUUAUUUUAGAGCUACCACACCUUCUGAAGGAUCUUCACCAUUUGUUGAUCCACCUCCACUCCCCCCAUUCAAUAGUGAUGAAUUCCUUGGAAGCUUAUCUGCGAGAGGUCCGGGAAAGUUUUUAGCAAAGCGGAUGAGAUACAACUGGUUGGACCUAUACAGGCGAUUCUUGAAAGGACAGAACUUUAAGCCUUGGUUUCAAAGAAGGCGUGCUGUUGCUGAGCAAGAACAACAAAGGCUUUGGAGGCAAGCAAGGAUGAAGACUGACAUUCUACAAUUCAUAUCUAAAAUGUCUGAAUUGGAAAUUGUUGAUUCCUUCAAUGCCAUCGAGAGAUAUCUUCUAGCAGAAAUGCAGGCUUUGGAAGCUCACCAAGGAUGGAUGGUUUCCAUGUAUUUCUGUUUGAAGGAGGUGGUACUGUCUGUUUGACCCUGCUUCCCUGGGUUAGGCUCUCGAAAAGAUCAGCAGUCUAGACCAGUCACUUCCACAGUUGCUUAGAUGGUUAAUUUGUUUAGAAACCAAGGCCUACUGGACUGAGUUCCCUUUGCUUGGAACCAGAUGUUGUCUUAUCUCAUGGUUUCAUGGCAUAUUGCAGUUUGGUUUAAGGACUGAAUUCUGAGCCAACGCUAGUGCUAACCCUUGUGUGCAGAGCGGUUGGCUUUCUGUUGGCCAAAAACAUGUUACUUUUGUCUUGUGAUUGUCAUGCUAUGUGCUAUAUGGAAUUAACAAUGCAUAGAGCUGAUAAGUUCGAGCUUGUGUUCGAUCAUUAAAAAAGUUUGUUCAAGAUCGAUUUGUUACAUAAACAAACCAAGCUUGAACAAUUUUUUUAGCUCGUUAAACCAAGCUUGAACGAACUACUAGUCAGCUCGUUUUACUUUGAUGUGAAAAAUAUUUAAGUUACUCGAUAUCGACUCAUGAUCGGCUUGAUUAAAGCUCUUUUCAGAUUGGCUCACCUGAUAAAUAAGCCAAGCUUGAAACAUGUUUUUGUAGCUUGUUAAGAUUUUAAAACCAAACUUGAACAAUCCACUGCUCGGCUCGUUCAGAUCAUUUUUCAACCCUAACCAUACACGAUGGUAAGAUAAAUCAUUGCUCUUUUUUAUGGCUAAAACAUUGCUCUUGGUUGCUUCAAAUUCCCAUCUCAUAGCUGACAAAUCUGAGGCAUUCUUUUUAUGCCAAAAAAGCGGAAAGUAGAGUAUGCAGUGUGGUGUUUAAGUCUUUAUUUAAGUUGGUUAAUUGUUGUCAUUAUGUCUUAUCAAGCUUUAGGAGUCAAUAUUUCCCAGACAUGAAAUACAUCCAUCGAUGACAGUAUUGUUUGUUCCAUCUAGCGUUGUUUGUCUAAAUUGUCUGACUGCUUUAAAAGGCAUUUAAUUAGCAUUUAGCACACCUCAAACAUUCAAGAGAAACGCAUACACAAAUUAAUCAGCUUGACAGCCAUUACGUUUUUUUUUUUUUUUU